CAUCAGAUUUGUGUUGAUGAGAUCAACUUGCGCUCUGACUCCUCUGGCUUUGCGCGACCCUAUAGCCCACCUGCGUCUGGAGAGUAUUUUUAAAAGCAGGGUGCGAGCGCGAGCGCGUCGCGUGAAGCGCACCACUUCAAAAGCUUCUAAAGCUCUUCACUUAUAUCGGGUUAUGCGCGUGGACACGUAGGGUUUUUGAGAACCGUGCAGAGUGCACUCGUCUUUUUGUCGGAGUUACCAGAUCUUGGACUCUCACUCGGGCGGAUAGAGAGACGGAUCUCCACCGGGACCUCCUCGCACCGCGACUGUACCUGGAGAAUCCGAUUGACUCAAAUAGAACAGAGGAGAGUCCUGUGGAGUCUGUCCUUCUUUCACCCAGCGAGAGACUGCUGAGUUUAGGCUCAGUUUAAACUCAUAUUAGCGCAUCUUCCGUAACUCUGACCAGCAGCAUGUGGGACAUCAAAAGGUUAUGAGUGCACUUACAGCUUGGUGAUCCACAUAGACAAGCCAAUGAGAGGAUGGCCAGAGGUCACAUGAUCUACAGAAGCGCCUACCAGCUGGUACUACUGAUUCUACUCUGCGUGCUCCAGCUGGCGCAUACACAAAGUCCUCCUCAGUUCACUCGGACACCCGUCGAUCAGAUAGGGGUUCAGGGGGGCGUGGCCUCCUUCGUAUGUCAAGCCACAGGAGAUCCACAGCCUAAAAUCACAUGGAGCAGAAAAGGCAAAAAAGUCACCAACCAGAGAUUUGAGGUGAUAGAGUUUGAGGAUGGUUCAGGGUCUGUGUUGCGAGUGCAGCCACUGCGGACCCCCCGUGAUGAGGCUGUGUAUGAAUGUGUGGCAUCUAACGAAGCAGGAGAGAUCAGCGCCUCCACCCGUCUUAGUGUUCUCCGCGAGGACCAGCUUCCCACUGGUUUCCCUUCUAUAGAUAUGGGCCCUCAGCUGAAGGUUGUGGAGCGUUCUCGCACCGCUACCAUGCUGUGUGCAGCCAGCGGAACACCUGACCCUGAGAUCACCUGGUUUAAAGAUUUCCUCCCCAUAGAUACACACACUCAUGGGCGGAUCAAACAGCUACGCUCAGAGUCCUUUGGGGGUACACCUAUCCGAGGUGCACUUCAGAUUGAUCAGAGUGAAGAAACCGAUCAGGGUAAAUACGAGUGUGUCGCGACCAACAGCGAAGGAACGCGCUACUCAACACCAGCUAACCUUUAUGUCAGAGAGUUAAGAGAUGUGCGUCGCAUCCCUCCUCGCUUCUCAGUGCCACCGAUGGAUUAUGAGAUCAUGCCAGGAGGAAGUGUGAAUAUCUCCUGUCAGGCAGUGGGCGUUCCCAUGCCAUAUGUCAAAUGGAUGCUGGGAGCAGAGGAUUUGACUCCAGAAGAUGACAUGCCUAUUGGGAGGAAUGUUUUAGAGCUCACAGAUGUACGCCAGUCUGUCAACUACACGUGUGUGGCCAUGUCGACUCUCGGAGUUAUUGAAACGGUUGCCCAGAUCACAGUUAAAGCCCUUCCCAAUCCUCCAGGAGCUCCGGUUGUCAUGGAGCGAUCUGCCACCAGCAUUACUCUAAUGUGGGACAGUGGAAAUCCACUUCCUGUAUCUUACUACAUCAUUCAGUAUCGUCCCGCCUCCUCCACCGACCCCUUUAAAGAAAUUGAUGCCAUAGCAACAACUCGUUACAGCGUGGGUGGACUCAGCCCCUACUCGCACUACCAUUUCCGGGUUAUGGCGGUGAAUUCGAUUGGCCGCGGCCCACCAAGUCAAACCGUGGAAGCUCGCACGGCCGAACAGGCGCCUAGUUCCCCUCCUCGUCGUGUCAGAGGUCGUAUGCUGAGUGGUUCCACAGCAAUGGUGCAGUGGGAGGAGCCAGAGGAAGCCAACGGUCAGGUGGUUGGUUACAGGGUGUAUUACACCUCGGAUUCGUCACUAUCUGUGAGCCAAUGGGAGAAGGAAAUGGUUCGAGGGGCGAAUUUUUUGAACAUACGAGACCUGACACCGAACAAAACCUAUUAUAUUAGAGUUCUCGCUUUCACUGCAGUGGGAGAUGGACCUCUUUCCAGCGAUCUGCACAUCAUUGCCAAGACAGGAGUCCCAUCCCAGCCCACAGAACUGAAGGCAGAGGUGAAAUCAGAGACCAGCAUUCUUCUGUCAUGGAUCCCUCCUGCUCACAGUGGUACAGAUGCCAUCACUGGUUAUGAGCUCAUUUACAGGCUUGGAGACCAGCCAGAGCAGAAAAUAUCAUUUGAUCCAAGCUCCAGUUAUCUGCUGAAGAAUCUGAAGCCAUUUUCCACCUACAUAUUUCAACUAGCAGCGCGCAGCAAACACGGCCUGGGGGCAUUCACCAGUGAAAUCACUGUUCAGACUCCACAAACACAGUCCAUACCCCCUCCCCAGGCAGUCACAUGCAUAAGCCCCUCCUCCACAAGUCUAUUGCUCAGCUGGGCUCCACCCCUGACAGAUGAAAAUGUAGGCAUAACAGGAUACUCCAUCAGAUAUGUGGCAGUGGAACGGGAGAAAGACCCCGUACAGAGGAUCUCGGACAUCCCAUCUAACUGUUUCCGAUAUCGGAUUGAGGGGCUGAAGAAAGGGACCCUGUACUCUGUGACAGUUGCUGCCCACACUGACACAGGUCAAGGGCCUGAGAGCCUACCGAUAUUGAUCCGCACAGAAGAAGACGUGCCCAGCGCACCGCCGCGGAGUGUGGAUGUGGUGGUCUUAAACGCCACCUCUGCCAGAGUGUCAUGGAAACCUCCAGUUGCUGAGCGACAGCAUGGAAAGAUUCAUGGUUACCAGGUGACAUACGCCAGACGAACCGCAGGGGAGAGAACAGUCUCUCCCAGAAUUAGGGAACUCCUACUGAGAGAUCCGCAGCCACAGAACGACUCGAAACAAUAUGACCUAAUUUUGACUGGUUUAUGGCCGAACACUGAAUACUCUGUGACUGUGGCUGCAUUCAACUCAAAAGGCAAUGGAGCACGUAGCAAACCUACAGCCAUCAGAACUAAACCAUCAUUGCCAGGUAUGCCCCUGCUUACAGUUGCGCCAUCUGAAGAUGGCACUGCCCUGCUGAAAUGGCAGCCUCCUCCUGCUGGUCUGUCCCCUGUGCUGGGCUACAGGCUCUCAUAUGGCCAGGCUGACCUGACCUCAGACUCCUUCAUGGUGCAAGAGAUAAACGCACCAUCUUUGAGCGCAGGGGUGCUGUACGUGUUCCGUCUGGCCGUCCGUACCAUCUGGGGUUACGGUUCAAGCGCUCAGGUCACACUUUUAACACCAUACAUGGUGCAGACAACCACAGACGACAUGGUAACAGCCCCAGGGACAACAGAUGCUUUAAAUGUGAGCGUACAGGAAACAGUUCCGCUUUUGGCUAACUUAACAGCCGAAGACAUCAACUCCUCUUCUGUGAUCCUGAGAUGGGAGCGACCAAAAAACUAUGACCGGAUCCAAGGUUACCGUGUGUGGUUCGCUGUCACCUAUAGUAAUGGCACGGACAUUGCCAUGGAAUCAGACGUUUCGGAGGCCACAGUGGUUCUUAAUGGCCUAAGGCCAAAUACUGAGUAUGUGGCGAGAGUGUGCAUGCUUAGCAAACAUGGCCCUGGGCCCUAUAGUCUCCCUAUAUCCAUCAAAACACAACCAGCACAGGAAGUGUUUGCUGUGAACUUCAGAGUGAAAGCUGCUAUGAAGAGUUCAGUGCUGCUGACCUGGGAGUCACGAACCACCAGUAAUAAAGCACAUUCUCUUAUUAUCUCAUAUGGUGAUGGUGAGAGUGUGGAGGUGGAUGGGCGGCUCGGGCAGAAGUUGGUGACUAAGCUGAAGCCCCAGUCUCUCUACACUUUCAUGUUAACUAGUAGAGCUGAUGGCACUGGGGGCCUGCAGCACAGUGCAGAUGCCAUGACAGCUCCAAACCUGCUGACUAGGAAACCCCAGGUGCUGGACAAGACCAGCUCUCAGAGCAUCGCUACCCUGCAACUGCCCCCUGUCCAGGGACAGGCUAAUGUCAGGGGUUUCUACAUUGUGGUUGUCCCCCUGAAGAGGCAGAGAGGAGGAAACUUCCAGAAUUUAUGGAGUGAUCCAGAUGAGAUAAACAUUGAUGAGCUGCUGAGGGAGAUUAAUGGCACUGGUCGCUCUGUGCGUCUACGGAGGCAGGCGGAGGCAAAAACAUACAUCAGCGCUCAUUUCCAGAAUCUUCCAGCUGAAUUCAAACUAGGAGAUGGACGUGUGUAUGGAGCAUUCCUAAACCGGCCACUUGUAAACGGACAGGAGUAUGUGUGCUUCGUGCUGGCUAUUCUUGAACUGGGCCAGAAUACCGUGUACUCCACGAGUCCAUUCUCUGAUGCCGUGCUGUUCUCCGAUGUUGAGCCACAGCCAAUCGUUGACGAGGAGGAGGGGCUUCUAUGGGUGGUGGGGCCAGUGCUGGCGGUCAUUUUCAUUAUCAGCAUUGUCAUCCUCAUCCUCCUCUUUAAAAGCAAACCAGACAGGAAGCGGGCAGAGCUGGAGGGCAGGAAGUGCAGCUUUCCCAGCAGCAGUAAAGCCAUGAGUUCCCAGCAUCCAUCUGACCCAGUGGAGCUGCGUAGAAUCAACUUCCCAACGGCUGGCAUGACCACCCACCCUCCAGUGUCCGUCUCAGAACUACCAGCUCACAUAGAGAGGCUGAAAGCCAAUGACAACCUGAGGUUCUCUCAAGAGUAUGAGUCUAUUGAUCCAGGGCAGCAGUUCUCAUGGGAACAUUCUAACCUUGAGAUUAACAAGCCAAAGAACAGAUAUGCCAACGUCAUCGCCUACGACCACACCAGAAUAGCACUUUCCAACAAUGAUGGUGUUCCUGGCGGUGACUACAUCAAUGCCAACUUCAUAGACGGGUACCGCCGACAGGGCGCAUACGUCGCCACCCAGGGCCCCAUGCCAGACACGUUUAGUGACUUCUGGAGAAUGGUGUGGGAACAACACACAGCAAAUAUCAUCAUGAUCACCAAACUUGAGGAGAAAUCCAGGAUGCCUUCGUAUUUCUUCUCAAAGAAUAAAUGCGAUCAGUACUGGCCCAGCAGAGGCACAGAGACGUACGGAUUGAUGCAAGUCAAUUUACUGGACACAGUGGAGCUCGCGACCUACUGCGUCAGGACUUUUGCUCUUUUUAAGAGUGGGAGUGGCGAGAAAAGGGAGGUGCGUCAGUUCCAGUUUACAGCAUGGCCAGAUCAGGGGGUACCUGAACAACCCACUCCCUUCCUGGCCUUCCUCAGACGGGUCAAAGCCUGCAAUCCCCCAGACGCUGGACCUAUUGUGGUCCACUGCAGUGCUGGUGUGGGCCGAACGGGCUGCUUCAUUGUGAUUGAUGCCAUGUUGGAGCGUGUGAAGCAGGAGAAGACGAUAGAUAUUUAUGGUCAUGUGACUCUGAUGCGAUCUCAGCGAAACUACAUGGUGCAGACAGAGGAGCAGUACGUCUUUAUUUAUGAUGCACUGCUGGAGGCUAUUUCCUGCGGCAACACAGAGGUUCCGGCACGGAAUCUUUAUGCCUACAUCCAGAGACUGUCACAGACAGAACCGCCGGAGCACAUCAGCGGAAUGGAGCAGGAAUUUAAACGCUUAGCUAAUGCCAAAGCGCAUAACUCCCGAUUCGUCAGUGCCAGCCUUCCGUGCAAUAAGUUCAAAAACCGAUUGGUAAAUAUCAUGCCAUAUGAGACCACACGUGUGUGUCUGCAGCCAAUCAGAGGAGUGGAGGGCUCAGACUAUGUCAAUGGCAGUUUUAUAGAUGGCUACAGGCAACAGAGGGCGUAUAUUGCGACUCAGGGGCCGUUGGCGGAGACAGUUGAAGAUUACUGGCGAAUGCUUUGGGAACAUAAUUCUACUAUAGUAGUUAUGCUUACUAAACUCAGAGAAAUGGGAAGGGAGAAAUGUCAUCAGUACUGGCCAUCUGACAGGUCAGCACGCUAUCAGUACUUUGUGGUGGAUCCCAUGGCGGAGUACAACAUGCCUCAGUAUAUACUCCGAGAGUUUAAAGUCACAGAUGCAAGGGACGGCCAAUCCAGAACAGUCCGGCAGUUUCAGUUCACAGACUGGCCAGAGCAGGGUGUGCCAAAAUCUGGUGAAGGCUUCAUUGAUUUUAUCGGUCAAGUGCACAAAACAAAAGAGCAGUUUGGUCAGGAUGGACCGAUCACAGUACAUUGCAGUGCUGGUGUUGGGAGGACAGGUGUAUUUAUCACUCUAAGUAUAGUAUUGGAGAGGAUGCGUUAUGAAGGAGUGGUUGACAUCUUCCAGACUGUCAAAAUGUUGCGCACUCAAAGACCAGCCAUGGUGCAGACAGAGGAGCAGUACCAGUUCUGCUAUCGAGCAGCGCUGGAAUACCUGGGCAGUUUUGAUCACUAUGCAACAUAAAACCUUCCCCUGGACCAAGGGCCACAUCAUUACACACCGAGACCUGCGUCUGAUCAACCUAACAGCCUCUUUCUGUUGCCCAAAGCUCAAGAGUCUGUUUGAUUUUUCCCGACAGCACACAAUUUAAUAGCCAGACAGGGAGGGCAGCUGGGAUACAGAAUUGUCACAACAAAUUGUAGCUCCAAUCAUAUAGCUGAAAGUAGUCAAGUCAUAUUUGAGGUGGAGUAAAACUCUGGCAACCGGCCAGCAGAUCCAAUAAAAUCGCAGGAAUCCAACAAUGUGCUGUCUGGACCGAUUCAACAGACCAAAAACGAGGGAGGAAACAACAAUCAAGCAGUUUGAUGGUAUUUUUUUACUUAUCACAAUUUGCAUCAACACCAGAACCCCCCCCAGUUGUAUAGUGGAUCCACCAACUCACUAAAGUGAUACAUACAAAAUGAAAUUCAACGACACCCUAAGUAUUGGUGCUUAUGCCAGUAUCCUGUCCGUUUAGCUGUAGCACAAACACAUAGAUAUAUACACAUAGAUCCAUAUCUAUCACAGAUUUAAGACAAGGAAAAAUAACAAGCUGAAAAUGGAGAUUUGUCUCAAAAACUGUGCAAUAUUGAAUGUGAACCGCACCUUCAAGUUUAAAACCACUCAAGUAUUAGAGAUAUUCUCACUGUAAUUAUAUUGUCUCAUUAAUCCUAUAUGAUAUAAAGUAUAAAACAAAACGUUAUUAUGCAUAUUAGCACAUUAUAUAAAAAAAUUGUCAAUGUAUUGAGUGAUAUUUAUACUAUGUGAGUGAGGUACUUGUCAGCGCACAUAAGUUACGAAAAGUACUGAUUGCAGUAAUAUUUAAAAAGGAUUUUUCUUUUUCACUAAACUUACCAAAACAACUAUUUACAUGCUUUCAAUCAGGAUUGGAAGAUCAAAUGUUGUCCUCUAAACAUGCGGUGACACCUUUAAAACAAUAGCAUAAUGGAUCAUCUGACACUGGUAGUGCCUUAUCAUAGUCACAUGUUUAAAAUGGUUCGCUAUUAAUGUUAAAUGUUCCACAUUUAUGGAUAUGAACCUGCUUUUAUGUUUAAAAAAAUUAUAAUGCUUAAUAAACCUGACGUAAAUACAGUUACAUCCUCCAGAGUCAAUUUUAAUAUAUAAUAUAUUUCACACCAAGACCAAUUUUAAGUACCAGGGUGGUUUAUUCAUUCAAGUGAAGUACUGCCAAGAUGACUAGACAAUUAUAUUACUGAAAGCCAAUAUGUGUCCAUUUUUGAGGACACACAUUUAUUGUAUCUAUAUUGGGCCAAGAGAACGGCAUAUUCCAUUACAUAUAUAAUAGCGAUUAUAUUAUAAAUGAUUUGUAUUUGAAAUUAUAAUGGAGUAUAGAACAGGAAAUAGUUUUCUCGCUUUCAGUCCAUACCGCUGCAGGAAACAUGCAUUUCUAACUGUUAAUGUCUGCAUUCUUGUUUAUCAGCGUUGUGAUCGUAUCAAUGAUGUUAAGUGUGUUAACAUCAACAAAAAUAACAUUUUUCAUGCCGGUGAGGACGCAUUCGAAAGGGGGAUUUUAAAAGCCAGAGCUAGUUGAAUAUUACUUUUUAAAAGACUUUUCACUUGAAGUUUGAUGUCCAGAUUUUGAUUCAUAAAACAUUGUAUGAUAAAUUAGAUCUACAACUUUGGGAACAAACUCGCACAUAGAAAUGGCCCUAUUGUGUCUAUAUCAAUAUCAUGGACCGUAACAGGCGUAUGGUUAUGGUUUUGGAUAUGACUGCACUCUUGUUCUAUGCACUAACCCUUACUAUUUCUUCAACACAGAAUGUUAUUUGUAAUGAAUGAGAUGAAUUUCACAGUGUGUGCAUAUUAAGAGAAACACAAGUUUUGGUUCCAAAGCUUAAGACAAUAUGUGCAUAUUGUUAUUGUUGAAAACUUUAGAUGACAGGGUGGUUUAAUAUGAGUGGUUUUCCUUCUAGUCCAGUGGUAAUAGUCAUCAUUCAAUAAUUCCAAGAAAGUCUGGUCACUGCGAACUUCAGCUCAUUUUACGUUCGGUGUAAAGAAAUAUUUUCCUUUCUUUGCAGCAUCUUUGUCUUUGUGUACUUUUUUUGAGUUGAGUUGAGUCGGUUUUGUAUUUGAAAUCUAACAUGCAAAUCUUCCAUUAUCUACCUUUCUCCAUAUUGUUACACUUUACAACCAAGUUUCAGGGUUUUUCAAAUUUCAACUUUCAUUGAAAGUAGCUAUGCUUAUAUUUUCAAGAGGAUAUCAAUUAGCGUUUGGGGGGGAUGAAUUAAAAAUCAUCUAUUUUCCAGUGCAUGACAGUUUGUACAGAUGCGAAGGCACCAUCAGAUUUUGAUGAAUCAUGACAUUGUUUCAUGUGGAAAAAUAAACUAGCACAAUCUGUAUCAUGUAAUCUGACCAAAUAUGCAUUGUAUCACCAUUUUCAUAUUGUCGAACGUUGUGAGUGGUUUUACCAUUUCACCCAUCAAUUAAUGUGAAACACA